AUGGUGACCGGGGCUAACAAACUGCUGUCACAUCAGCUGAAACAAUCAACAACUGCUGGCUCUAUUGUUGCAAUUAAGGAUGGGCAUGGACAUGUACUUAUAGAUCAGAAGGACAUUAAUAUGGAAUUCAAAUUAUUUUACGAGAAAUUGUACAGCUCUGAAGCCAGUGACUUGGUCCAAGUGGAGAACUUCUUCAGUGACCUGACUCUGCUCACUUUAGAGGACUCAGAUAAAACUAAGUUGGAGUCGGAUUUGUCUCUGUCUGAAAUAGACAAUGCCAUUAGGAAGAUGAAAUCUGGUAAAGCACCUGGCCCAGAUGGGUAUCCAAUAGAAUUUUUCAAAACAUUUGCCUCCAAAUUGGCCCCGUUGCUGUUAAAAGUUUUCAGGGAGUCCCUGGACAACAAAGUUCUGCCCACGACAAUGACCCAAGCUACAAUUUCACUGUUGCUGAAAAAAUCCAAAGACCCGCUCCUUUGCGAAUCAUAUCGUCCCAUUAGCCUUCUCAACUGCGACUAUAAGAUUCUAGCAAAGGCGCUGGCAGGGCGACUUGAAACUGUCCUUCCAAAAUUGGUACACCCAGACCAGACGGGGUUUGUUGUGGGGAGGCAAAUAUCUAGCAAUCUUCGGCGGGUGUUUAAUGUCAUCUAUCAACGCAGUGAUAUUGUGCCUGAGACGGUGCCAGUCUUCAUUCCUAAAGCUUUUUUUAAGGAACUGAAUGGGUGCAUGUCCAUGUUCAUCUGGAAUAAAAACAUCCCUCGAAUCAGAAGAGAGUUCUUAGAAAGACGGAGGGAAGAUGAGGACCAUCACGCUCGGCGCCGGGGACAGGCAGGUGAUCCAGACGCCUGUCACGGACUCGCUCCCCGUCAGCGGCAGCAGCGUCGCUCAGCUCUUCAGACAACUCGGUAUCUCGUGAACGUGCUCUGUCUGUUCUGUGCGGCUCUGACUGAACAUAAGAUCCUGUUUUUGUCGAGUAGUUAUCAGAGGCUGACGGACGCGUGCAGAGGGCUUCUGUCCAUCAUGUUCCCGCUCAAAUACAGUUUCACGUACGUCCCCAUUCUUCCCGGUAAACUUCUGGAGGUCCUGAGCACGCCCACCCCCUUCAUCAUCGGAGUCAACUCUUUCUUCAAAUCUGAGACGCAAGAACUGUUGGACGUGAUCAUCGCUGACCUGGACGGUGGAACAGUGACGAUCCCCGAGUGCGUCCACAUCUCUCUCCUGCCUGAACCUCUGCUGCAGCAAACACAGACUCUGCUCUCGAUGGUUUUGGACCCAGAGUUGGAAGUCGCUGACCACGCCUUUCCCCCAGUCUGCAACCAGCCCUCCUCACUAAAAAUACAGGACAAAGAGAUCCGUGCCGUGUUCCUGUGGCUCUUCGCUCGCCUCUUUCGGGGAUAUCGAUGGUGUUUACACAUAAUCCGCAUCCACCCUGAGCCCGUCAUCCGCUUCCACAAGGCUGCGUUCUUGGGUAAAAGAGCUCUGUCUGAGGACGACUUCCUGAUGAAGGUUCUGGAUGGAAUGGCCUUCGCCGGGUUUGUGUCUGAGCGAGGACCUCCCUACAGAACCACGGACCUGUUCGACGAUCUCAUGGCCAAUCAGGUGGAGAGGAUUCGACAGGCGGAGGGCGACCCCCACAGAACCAUGAACCACAUCAAGGAACUGGCAGAACAUCUCUUUAAAAACGAGAACCCGUACCCCACCGUGUCAAUGCACAAACUGCAGCGUCCGUCAGAAAACGCCCAGACUCCGCACUCCCCGUUCCCGCCGCUGGACGACGUGGCCGUUCAGCUCUUCGUGGACCACGCUGCUGCUAAACUCAAGACGGCGCCCCCUGUGGUGAAGGCCGAGGUCAAGGCCAUGGUGCCCUCCGGACCUCCUCUGGGCGACACGGUGGACCGGAACAGUCACGUGAUGGCGAACAGCGCCCGCAGACUGGAGGUGGUCAGAAACUGCAUCACCUACAUCUUCGAGAACAAGAUGCUGGAGGCCAAGAAGCUGAUGCUGAGAGCUUUGAUAGACAGACCAUAG